AUGACGGAACCGGUAGUGACUUCGGGCGACCCCCCUGAAUUGUCACCACCUUCUGAAAUGGACAACACCACAGACACAGUUCCGGUUGUUGAAAAAAGUUGUGUGCCUCAUUUUGAUUCGGCGGCCAAUGAAGAAAUUGGGUUGAAGUUGAAAGAGGCUCUUGACAGUGCUCUGGCGACGUACGAAUCCAUUGGCUACUCCGAAAGUGAAAAGGAACAGAAGAGGCAAGUAUUUGUUGACAAAGUUGAGCACACUAUAAGGAGUUUCGCUCUCACAGCUCAACAAGAAAAGUCAGCACUUAUCAAUGAAUGCUUGUGGCUCAAACAACAAAUUCACUUGUUCUUGGAGCAUAUCGAGGAUCCUGGGGGGGUGAGAUUAUCCGAAAGUGAUAGAAGCCGAUUAUCUGUGGAUCCCAACACAACAUCACCGAAAUCAAGUAUCUCCUUACUCGAGUUGAAGAAGUGCCUUCACAGUGUAUUUCUCAAGGUUUUGAAAUGGUUUACAGAAUCUUUAACUGAACUUGGUAAUAUGUUGAUUGAGUAUUGGAAACUGGCAUCCGUGGUGGGUAUGAAGUUCGAAACCCCCGGCUUGAGCAAUUGCUUUUCUCAAGAUGACACAAACACGUAUUUCAGGAUUUUGAAAGAGUUCGACGUCUUACACAAAGAGGCGACUAAUCUUCCAGUUUCCGACGUUAUCAUUGCUCUGCCGUCGCAACACAACGAAUCGUUUCACUACUUGCAAUCCCCUGAUCUGCUGGAAAUUAACUUGAAGACGGAUACACUUGACGCUCAAUUUCAGGGUGUUAACUACAGACUAGUACAACUAGUCCAAGGAAUGGAUUUGCGAAUCAGCAAGAAACUACUUAAGGACAUUACCACUGAAACCAAGAAAGUUCAAACAUGUUGUCAGCAACGCGAGCAACUUGUAAGUGAUGUUGCUACUGAAUGCGCCAAAAUGAUUAACGAACUCGAGCUUUCCGAAGAGGAUUUCAAGUCAGUUCAGGAAAACUCAAUGAAGACCUCCAAGAUCAAGGGUGACGAAUAUGUGGAGGAGUUCUUCAAAGUAUCUGACGUCGCCACCUUCAAAGAUUCUCCUCGAGAGUUUGGCUUGCAUCAAAAACAUAUCAAUACUAUUCAGUCAUGGUACGGUACACUUAAUGAGACCUUCCAGUCUAUGAGAGCUGAAGUGGAGGAAGUCAAAAUGAAAUGCAUUCUGCUAUGGGAAAAGCUCGAUGUGGACGAGGAAUAUCAAUUUAACUUUCCAUACACUCACCAAGGCUAUCUGCAACACGUUUUGAAGGAUUGGAAGACUGAGCUCUCAAGAUUGUUAAUCUUGAGAAGCCAACACGUUGAAAAGUAUAUCACUUCCUUACGACAGAGUAUCCAGAAUCUAUGGAGUGACAUGCACUACGGGCCUGAUCAACGCAACCAAUGGGAAUAUGCUACUUGGGACAACGCCACCAUUGACAAAAAUGACGAGCUGGGAUCACCUAUACCCACUAUGGAGAAGGUACUUGAUGACCAUGAGACCUACUUCGAGAAAUUAAAGGAGGAAUAUGCCAGUAAGGAAAUCAUAUUUGUAGAAUAUGAAAGGUUCCUCGAAUUGCUCAGCCUCAAGCAACAACUCAUUGAUAGCGCCAAAGACCCCAGUCGCCUCACAGGAAGUAACGCUGUCAGUAUUGGUCUCAAGGAGGCUCGCAAGCACAAAGAAUUUGCUCAGAAUUUUCCACGCGUCACAAGUGAAUUGAAAAGAUUGCUCGCAGACAGGGAGGAGCAAUUCCUCGUUAAUGACGAGCCAUUGUUAUCAGUAAUCGAAUUGGCUGAAACCAAACAUUGUCGAGCGCGUAGCCCGUCAAGGUCUCCGCAACGAAUGAGCCCACGUAAGCCCCAAUCAGGAAUGAAAAACGCCCUGCUUAGUCCGAGCCGAAGGGUUGUAUCAAGCCCAGUCAGACGCAUUGAGCGUAAUAUUCCAGAUGUCAGUCCCAUGAGAGGUCGCAUUUUGUCUGAAUCUCUGGUUCGCAGUCCCACUGCAAGGUACCCCGGUUCCAAAUUGCCUACAUCUCCAAGCAGAUCACCUCGGAGCCGGAAUCUCAAGCCAGCACUCCCACAAGAGGCUCGGCGGACACCCUCUGAUACCCACCAUGUAUUUGACACGAGACCGCGAUCCCCAACGAAGCUCCCCAUACUUAGACGCCCGCUCCAAGACGUUGCACCACAGCAAAAACGUCCAUUACUGCAAAUAACAAACACUUCCAGUCUGCCGCCUACAAAGAAGUUUCGGAGAGAUGAGAGAAAUGACUCCAACACCAACAGCACCUCAGCCUGGAGGCAAUGA